GGCUCAUCCCGCCUUGCGCGUGCGCAGACGAUAAACCAACGCCCGGGAGUAGAGGCGCGGGUUUGGUGGCGCGUUUUAGCGAAGUCGCACGUGAAGGAUAGUAGUGGCCGGAGCCGGACCCAGCCAUGGCAGGCCCAGGCAGUAGCUCACCGUGGGGCAAGCAUGUGUUCAAAGUCAUCCUGAUGUUCCUAGUGGCCCUCGUCCUCCUCCACUCAGCAUCAUCCCAGUCCCAUGCAGACUUUGUGCCCCCAGGCCAGCAGAAGAAGGAGGCCCCAGUCGAUCUCUUGAGCCAGAUGGGCCGCUCUAUGCGGGGAACACUGGAUGCCUGGCUUGGGCCAGAGACCAUGCACCUGGUUUCCGAGACCUUGUCUCAGGUGAUGUGGGCUAUCUCCUCGGCCAUCUCAGUGGCCUUCUUCGCACUGUCCGGGAUCACUGCGCAGCUGCUGAAUGCCUUGGGACUGGAUGGAGACCACCUCACGCAGGCACUGAAGCUCAGCCCCAGCCAGGUCCAGACGUUCCUGCUGUGGGGAGCAGGGGCCCUAGUCGUCUAUUGGCUUCUGUCCCUGCUCCUUGGCUUGGUGUUGGCCUUGCUGGGGCGGAUCCUGUGGGGCCUGAAGCUUGUCCUCUUCCUAGCUGGCUUUGUGGCCCUGGUGAGGUCUGUGCCCGACCCCUCCACCCGGGCCUUGCUCCUCCUGGCCCUGCUGACCCUCUAUGCCUUGCUGAGCCGGCUCACUGGCACCCGGGCCUCUGGGGCCCAGCUGGAGGCCAAGGUUCGGGGGCUGGAGCGGCAGGUGGAAGAGCUGCGCUGGCGGCAGAGGCGGGCGGCCAAGGGGCCCCGGAGUGUGGAGGAGGAGUGAGGAGGCUGCCGGACAAGGACACCUUCGUCGUACCAAAGAGCUGCACUGCUUCGGGAUCGCCUAGCACUCCUUCCAGCCCCCCGCCCCUUUCUUGCCCUGUCUCUGAACUGUCAGAGCCCCAACCCUGCACCAGACCCUUUAGCUGAGAAAGAGGGAGACCAUGCCCCAUGCUGGUCGGCAGGGGCCCUGUCUUGUGAGGUUGUCUGGGAUUGGUUGUCUUAACCCUUUCUCUGCUCCCUGCCUGCCUCAGUCAGGCCGGGUUGGAAGGGCCCCCCUGUGGCUUUGUGCAUCUGCUCUCAGUGGACAUCACUGCCAUGGGUCCUCCCGUGACUCAGCCGGCUCCCCUCUGCUGCUGCCUUGCCUUCCCCCUGAUGCUCUUGCUCUCCAGUCCUUUUGGAGCUCUCCCUCUGCCAAGUCCCCAGCUUCCUUCCUGUUUGUCUCCUUCUAGCGCAGCACUCCGCCCAAACCACUGCCCCUCAAGGCAUGUUCCUGUCCUCUUCAUUGCCUAGCCCUGGGGAAGAGGCAG